AUGUUUGAUCCUCCUCAUCUGCUCAAAUGUGUUCGAAACAACCUCAUGAAGUACGCCUUCAAGUUUAAUGGAUAUGUUGCUGUAUGGAAUGAUGUGGAAAAUUUCUACGAGAAGGACAUUUCCCUCACCAUUCGAGCUGCCCCAAAAUUAACCGAGAAGCACAUUCACCCAAAUAAUUUUGCAAAGAUGAGGGUAAAAUAUGCAACACAAGUCCUAAGCCACACAGUUGCAGCUGCCAUUUGCACCUAUGUUAGUGUCGGAGGUCUCCCUUCAUCUGCUAUGGGAACUGCAGAACUGCUUUCAAGAUUUGAUUCCAUUUUUGAUUGCUGUAACAGUUCCAGAUUACACACAACCAAGAAACUCCGGUGUGCAGUCAAUGAGAAAACAUCACACAUUGAGUAUCUAAAGGAAAGCAUCACAUUCAUCAAGAAUUUGAAAGUGUUUCAGGGUGACAAAGAUGUGACAGGUCGGAUUAAAUGUCUUCAUGGCUGGUUAGUUACUAUCAAUGCAUUAAUUCUAAUCUGGAGCAAGUUAAAGUCCAACCAUCAGUUCAAGUUCCUCUUUACUAGAAGGUUAAAUACUGACCCUUUGGAAAACUUUUUUGGCACUAUCAGGCAGCAAGGGGGUAAUAGUGAUAAUCCCACUCCAGUCCAGUUUACAAGGGCAUUCAGGAAACUCUUUUUUAGCUCCCUUCUCACUUCCUCAGCUGGAAACUGUGCAGCUGACUUCGACGUCAUGCUGGCUGAGUACACCAAUGCUUCGAAGAAAGCCAAAAAGAAAUCUAAGAACAAAACAACAGAGCCCAGUGAAACUCCACAGCCCCAAACCUUGGCAAUAGGUCCUACAGACUACAGGGAGCCAGAAGUUAGCACAAACAUUAUACAAGACAAUGCAAUUGCUUAUGUCGCUGGAUACCUUUUGAAGAAGAGUUUCAAAAUCCACAAGUGCCAAAAAUGUCAGGAUGCUCUUUUGUCCAACCAAUUGGAUGACAACCGAAAUCUUCUCUGUUUUUUCAAGUCAUUUGAAGAUAACAAAACUCCCUUUGGUGGAUUGAAUGCACCAUCACACUGUUACUUGGAGUAUGUUAUUAAACUUGAAGAUGUGUUUUCAGAUCAAUUUUCUGUUUACACAAAGUGCCCUGGUGUUGGAGCCAACAUUUUGACGAAGAUCAAAGCCAUUCCCAUCACCUUCCAAUGCUGUCCAGAAUUUUCCCUUGA